AUGCACGCGAUUCGCGUGGCCGACGCGAUUCGGGAAGUCGACCCAUUCUGGUUCGAGGAACCCUGCCCGGCCGAAAACGUUGACGCCUUGGCCGAGGCCGCGUUCCGGGAGCUGUUCGAGAAGCGUGCCGUCGACAUCAUCAACCCGGACGUCUGCAACACGGGCGGGAUUCUCGAGACGAAGGAGAUCGCCGCAAUGGCAGAGCCGUACUACGUCGGCGUCGCGCCGCACAACUACAAUAGCGUAGGCGUUGCCCUCGCAUCGACCGUCCACUUUCGAGCCCGUGGCGUGAGCAUCACCGUCUGGGUCUCCAAUGUCGAAGGGGGGUACAUCCCCCUGCCGGACGCGCCGGGCCUCGGCGUGGACAUGGACGAAGACGCCCUCAUACGGCGGGCAGACAUAAGCGUUGGGCGAAAGAGCAUCAGACGAUAUUCGGACGAAGUUGACGCAAUUCCUUCGUCGAUCUGCCCUGACUGCAUGGUUCCGGAAUCCGACGACGAAAUGCCGUUAGCGGACGAGAUGGAGGAAAUGACCAUCAAGGUGGUACGCCGAAAGCGCUUCCCGAUGAUAGGCAUGACCGUCGACGAACGCGAUCCCUCCCUUCUCUGA